AUGGCUCAGACGAUUUUGGGCCCAAGAGGAUUUUUUUUGCGCUCAAUCGCAGUAACAUUAUGUAGAUUCAAAUCGGGUGAACUUCAACAUGGACGAAGAAAUUUGAUAAGAAGCUUAGGAUUAUGUAGAACUCUUACAACUAUUAAUGAUAAUGUAUUUUUGGGAUAUGAAGAAGAGCCAAUAACAAAGUCAUUUCAAGUUAAAAUUGUUGAUGCCCUUCGGUUAGGUGAGAAAAGUAGAGCUUCUAGCCUGCUUUUAGACUUCAGUAAUGGAAAGCAGUCGUUACAAGUCAAUGACUUUGUUUACAUUCUUAACUACUGUGCAAGGUCACCUGAUCCUUUAUUUGUUAUGGAAACGUGGAGAUUAAUGGUGGAAAGGGAGAUUGGCUUGAAUAACAAACGCUAUUUUCUUAUGGUCCAAGCACUUUGUAGAGGAGGUUACUUGGAGGAGGCAUGCAAUUUCAUGAAAUUUCUUGGGGAGAAUCACGGCAUCUAUCAUCUUCUUCCAGUGUACAACUAUUUCUUAAGGGCCUGUGCAAAAAUGAGAAGUAUAGUAUAUGCUAAUCAAUGUUUAGAUUUGAUGGAGCAGCGAAAGAUUGAGAAAAAUGAAGUUACCUAUUUAGAGCUUCUUAAGCUUUCAGCUUGGCAGCAAGAUCUAUCUGCAGCCCAUGAAAUUUGGAAGGAAUAUAUAAAACAAUACAGUCUAAAUAUAAUAUCUCUUCAAAAAUUUAUCUGGUCCUUUACAAGAUUGAAAGAUUUAAAAUCUGCAUAUGAAGCAUUGCAACAUAUGGUGGCUUUAGCCAUUAGUGGGAAGCGUUUUGAUAGAUGGACUGGUAAAGUAAGCUUGUAUUGUUCAAGAUUAGACAUCCCUAUACCAUCCAAAGUUGAGCUAGAAUCACCAAAUGUUCAAUUGGGAGAGAAUGAGCAGUCUCUUGCCUUGAAAUUGGACACUGAUGCCUUCAACAUAGAUAAAUCAAAGUCAAUCAGUGCUACGGUUAAUACACUGAAUAACCAUAAGAACUUGUCUGCUGUGAAAGUCCUACAGUGGUCUUUCAGUGAUGUACUACAUGCUUGUGCACAAGCUCGAGAUUAUGAAUUAGCAGAGCAAUUGAUAACGCUGAUGCAAAAUCUUGGGUUGCAGCCAUCAAGCCAUACAUAUGAUGGCUUUGUGAGAUCUAUUGUUCAAACAAGAGGAUUUGGUGCAGGCAUGAAAGUGUUAAAAGUAAUGGAACAGAGAAAUCUGAAGCCUUUUGAUUCAACCCUUGCGACUCUUUCAGUACAAUGUAGUAAGGAAUUAGAACUCGACUUACCUGAAGCUCUACUGCAGAAAGUUUGUAAAUGCUCAUAUCCUUAUCCUUUUAAUGCUCUUGAAGCUUGUGAUACUAUGAUAAGUGAAUGUCACACCGCAUUGCUUGUUUUCUCCCUUGAUCAACCAAAGCUAGAUAUCAAGACAUAUGAGCUACUAUUUUCAAAAUUUGGUAAUGUGAAUUUUCCUUAUGGCGGGAACAGAUUGUCACAUGUUGACUCAAGAAAACGAAUAAAUGCUAUAUAAAUGGAUAUGGCUCAAAAUGGUGUUCAUCAUAGUCGUAAAUCAAUGAAUAACUUGCUAAAAGCCCUUGGAACUGAGGGGAUGACAACAGAGCUGCUUCAGUAUUUACAUGUUGCUGAAAACCUUUUCUGCUACAAUGUGGGAGCAUCCACCUAUAAUAUAGUUCUCCAUGCGCUCGUUGAGGCUGAAGAAUGUCGCACCGCAGUACAAAUAUUUAAAAAUAUGAAAUCAUCUAAUCUCCAGCCAAAUGUUUUCACAUACAACGUAAUGGUUCAUUGUUGUAGCUAUAUAAGAUGUUUCAAAUCAGGCUGUGCACUAGUUUCGAUGAUGGUGCGUCAUGGCUUUAUUCCGGAAACCAGGAUGUACACUGCUCUGAUGAAGAUACUGCUGGAAUAUGAACAAUUUGAUGAAGCAUUAAGUCUUCUGGAUCAGGCAUGUUUAGAAGGUUCUCAAAUGGAUGUGGUGUUGUAUAAUACCAUUCUUAAAAGAGCAAGCGAAAAGGUUAGGAUCGACAUAAUUGAAUUUAUCAUUGAGCAGAUGUACCACGAAAAAAUCAGGCCUGGCCCUGCAACCUGGGUUGUGUUCUCUGCAUAUAUCGAUGGUGGAUUUCACAACACUGCCAUGGAAGCAUUGCGGGUUUUGAGCAUGUGGAUGAUCUCUUAUGAAGACAUAACUCUGGAAGAAAAGAAGAUAGAAUAUGAGGACGAUUUUGUGCAGUCUGAUGAGUUUCAAGCCGAGUCAAGGAUACUCCAAGUCUUUAAGGAUGAUGAGUAUCUAGCCGUAGCCCUUUUGAAUCUACGAUGGUGUGCUAUACUCGGGUUUCCAGUUUCUUGGUCACUGAAUCGAAGUCAAUGUACUACAAGAUUGACCAACUACAUAUGAUUCAACAAGAACCGCGUUAUAAGGCAGAUUUCCUUGAAUAGUUUGUGAGCAAUCAUUGGAGGCAGAAGAAUACCCUGCAAGGUGAUGAUGGAUAGUUCCAUGCUAAGGGAAAAGAAAAUUAGAGAUUUGACUUAGAGAAACCAUUGGGAUUGAAUUUGAUAAAAAAAAAUUUACCUGUAACAGAAAUAGACGAAAACCAAAUUUAGCUAUAUUUAAAGGUUUUCAUCAUCAUAAGUUUUGGACAAUACAUGUAAGGCAUGCACAAAA